AGAAAGUCACCUCGUCGUGGCGGUCAGGGGAAAGCUACUGACAGCUAGCAGCAGCAGCUUCUGCCGGGGAAAGGUCGUCAGUAGGACGGUAGCAUCCUCUCUGGUCUCUAAACUGUCCCACCCUUCGUUUCAACCACAUUAAGAAACGUUUAGUUCCACGUUACGGCCGCUUAACGCAGAUAAACGACAAGCGAACAGUUUUAUAGCUAGCUAGCUUCUUAGUUUGAAUAGGUCUGAUCAUGGCUGCGCUCAGGGCGUCCUACCACAGGAUUUUGGACCGGAUCGAGCACAUACUGCCCGCCAAACUGAGACCCUUCUACAACCACCCGGCAGGUCCAAAAACAGUUUUUUUCUGGGCUCCGAUGUUUAAAUGGGGCCUGGUUGGGGCCGGUUUGGCUGAUAUGACCCGACCAGCAGACAAGCUCAGUACAUCCCAGUCUGCAGUGCUGACAGCCACAGGGCUCAUCUGGUCCAGGUAUUCCCUGGUUAUCAUCCCAAAGAACUGGAACCUUUUCGCUGUGAACUUCUUCCUCGGCAGUGCUGGAGCAUCCCAGCUCUACAGGAUCUGGAGCUAUGAGCAGGAGAAGAAGGCGAAGGCUAAAGAGGCAGCUGAGUCCUGAGGAUCUUCUCACUGCCAUGCUGCUGACACAAAGGGAGACUUCUACAUAAUCUCACCAUCCCAUCCUGUUUCCAUAAAAAUCCACACCAUAACCAGAUUUUACCACUUCAUGCCUGGUCACCCCGAAGGAAAUAUGCACCUUUUUCUAAGUUUCACAUUUCCUCAGGGGGUUUAAAAAGAUAACUUUGCUUUUAAGUUAACAUAUGCUAAACAACCGUGGUCAUCAACGCACAAGUACUACUUGUUUAACAAGUUUUAUGAUUGUACAUUGUCUGAUCGAAGGCGUUAUGCUUUGUAUCUUGUGCACUAUUUGGGAAAUUUUGCUUCAUUUUUCAACUGACAUCUUUCAGAUGUAACAAUCAGUACCUCAAGCAAAUAUCCCAACACACACCUGUUGGAUUUAAGUCGGACGUUGCCAUGAAUUGAAGGAUUUCAUCACAUUUAUCUUCUCGUUCACAUAUUUAUAAUUUUAUUGGAGUCCAGGUGUCUGAACCUCAGCAGUCAUUAAAACAUUGAUUACCAUGUAAGGAUUCCUUACUUUUAGUCAGUUUGAGAACAAACCUUGAUUUAUAGUUUUCUUUUUGCAAGAAAUGUUAAGAAAAUAUUUUUAAGCACGCAGCUCUGCGAGUCAACGAGCAAACACUGGUACAGACUGUAAUCGUCUCUGUAGACUUCCUCUUAAAACCUUUGAUUUGCAUUUUUUUUUUUUUUAUAUGACAAACUGUAUUUAUGCAGUGAAUCCUUAAUUUAGCAAUAAUUGGUGUAAUUUAUCUGUUUAACCAUAUUUAAAAGAUGAUCGGUAAUUGUAAUGAAAUGUGUGCUGGUAAUGGCUAUGUGUUAAUAAAUCCAACUAACAGCCCUGUUGCUUCGAAACAGUAACAGGGGAUUUACACAA